GGAUGACUAGUGACUAUCGAAUUCCAACGGGUUAAAGCUGAUAAAAGGAAACCAGCGGUAGAUUUGUUUGUCAAACAGUAGUUACUGAAAAGUGAAAACCGGUCAUCGGCGGAUGUGAUUAUGGCACCAAAAGGCCACCAAAAAUGGUGAAAUCACUGCUUUUACAUCCAAAACCCUAGAUUUCCCAUCCCUCAACUAUCCUACUUGAUGAUUCUGAAGCGUCUUCUUCUCUCCCUCUUCAUCUUCCUCUACAUGUUCUACGAAAAUUGGCUCCCCACCCCCUCCUGCACCCUCCUUCCUGGUCAACAAAUCCACCACCCAAACGUCGGAGAUGACCUCAAGGUUAUGAUGGUUGCUGAUUUAAUGUUAUCGGGUCGUGAUUCUGGAUCCCGGUACUGGGAUCUACACUUCAAAGACUUCUACUUUUCAAGAUUCUUUAAAAAAUCAUUUGACUUGUUGAAGCCUGAUAUGCUGAUUGUAUUAGGAGACUUAUCUUCUCAAGGAUCAGAAUUGAGUAAAAGAAAAUGGUCAUAUGUGGUACAAGAGUUUCACAGCUUAUUGGGCCCGUUUCUUGAUCUGCCUUAUCAUGUUGUUCCCGGAGAUAGAGACAUCGGAGAAUGCAGUAGGUUGAAUGAAUUAUCCGCUAAUAAGAUAAGUAGAAGCUUUCCAGGACUGGAUCCUUCCGGUUGUGGUGCUUUUGACAUCGGAAAUGUUAACUUUGUUUCGCUUAAUUCUGUGGCGUUACUAUGUGGAAACAAUGAUUUACGGUUCAGUGUUGAAAGAGCACUGGAAAGAGAACGUAUAGAGUUGCAAACAGAAAAUGAACAGGUGACAGAUGUGAUGAAAGAGUCUUCUGGAAUCAAGAUUCCUAAAUAUGAGUUUAAUUGGAUAGAAAACACGAUGUUAUCUGGAUCGGGCCCUGUGCUGUUGCUUCACUUUCCAUUACAUCAAACAACGAAGGAUGUUCAGGUAGAAGGUUAUGGAAGCAUGCAGGAUAGAGCAGAACUGUUGAAGAAAAGGCAACCGGUUGGGGAUGGACCAUAUAAGUUAUCACAAACGCUUCCAUUAAAUGCAACAGAGUAUAUAUUCCAUGCUCUUAGGCCCAGGAUGAUUUUCAGCGCUCACACACAAACAUUUUCGGAUCGUGUUCAUCCAGAUGGGACCCGGGAGAUAGUUGUUCCCGCCAUGUCAUGGGACGCAGGAAAUAAUCCUGCUUUUGUUUCUGUAACUUUUAGACAUAAUGGUACUACUGCUAUCGUUAGCCACUGCAGGUUAGCUGGAAAAUUGCAUGUACUACUGUUGUAUACAUCUCUUUUCUUUGUCUUCAUAUUAACUGUUCAAACAUCCUUAAGAAGUUGAUAUAAACCGUGUUAAGUUUGUUUGUUCUUU